AUGGAGGUAAUUGAUCCAAGGAAGCUGAAGUUUCUUUUUCAAAAGGAGCUUAAGAACAGUGAUGUUAGCUCUCUCAGGAGAAUGAUACUCCCAAAGAAAGCAGCUGAAACUCACCUUCCAGCUUUGGAGUCCAAAGAAGGAAUGAUGAUCACCAUGGAUGACUUGGAUGGGGUGCAUGUUUGGAACUUCAAAUACAGGUUUUGGCCAAAUAACAAUAGUAGAAUGUACGUACUUGAAAAUACUGGAGACUUUGUCAAUGCUCAUGCCUUGCAUCUUGGAGAUUUCAUCAUGAUUUACCAAGAUUGUGAAGAACAUAACUAUGUGAUUCAAGCAAAGAAGGCUUCGGAGCAAGAAAUAUAUUCCGACAUAACAACAAAUGAUGUUGUGAUCAACGAAGACAUUGUGUUUCAAGACUACGAUGCUAGCAAAGCGGCUAGCUCCAUCUACGUGCCUAGUCCAACCAUGGAACAUCCUGUGUCGUCAUUCAUCUACGACACUAGUUGUGCCUUCGACAAUGAUUCACCUUUCGACUUUAUGACUGGAUCAAUGACCAACUACUCAAGAAUGGGAGGUCUCGAAGGCUUUGGAUCGGUCGAGAACUUGUCUCUCGACGAUUUCUACUGAGAGAGUACUGCACAGCUACAUAGUAA